AAACCAUCUACUCUCUCUUUCUCCUUGCGGUUUACCCUCAUCUUCAAUCAGCCAUGGGAGUUGCCUACAGCGUUGGAGAGGUUGACCACCUCUACACCUUCUUUGUAAAGUGGUCCCCAGAAAUCUACAUUAAGGACAACAAGAAGCAGUGCCAGCCCUGUUUCGUCAUCGGAGAGAAACAUCAGAAGUGGUAUCUGGUAUUGAAGAAGUACAAGGUGGCUGUGAUCAACAAGCGCCUUAGUAAACCUGUCGACCCUACAGCUAAAAACUGGAAGAUCAUCACACUGAAGGACUCCAAGCGGCGCCAGAGUCUGUGUAGCUCGCUGGACUCUGAGGCAGAGGAGCCCGAGUACCAGGAGGAAGAUGAAGGUGCUCUCCCUGUCCUGUGUGACCGCAGCCAUCUGCUGGAUGACCAACACCUGGAGAAACUUGCUGCUCACAUGCCAGCAAGGACCCAGGGCUAUCCUUGGCAACUGGUCUACAGCACAGCCAUCCAUGGGAGCAGUCUGAGGACUAUCUACAGGAAUACGACAAGCCUGGACAGCCCUGUGCUGCUGGUCAUCAAAGACAUGCAUAAUAAGGUGUUUGGGGCGUUUUCUUCUGAUUCAUUCAAAGUCAGUAAAUUCUGCUAUGGCACAGGGGAAACCUUCCUGUUCAGCUUCAACUCUGACUUCCAGGUAUACAGGUGGAGCGGCGAGAACUCCUACUUUGUGAGCGGCAACUUGGAAUCUCUGCACAUUGGUGGAGGGGGGGGCGGAUUUGGCCUGUGGCUGGACGCUAAUCUGUACCAUGGUUCAAGCUUCUCCUGUCCCACAUUCCGCAAUGCGUCGCUCUCCACACAGGAAGACUUCAUUAUAAAAGACCUCGAAGUCUGGACUGUGGGAACUUAAGAGGACAACAUCUGAAAAGACCCCACUGUCCGGACUGGAGUUAGAAAACUUCCAAAAUGUCAAGGUGUACAUGUGGUUUUAGCCACUACUGUACAAACCCUGAAAGAGCAGGUGCUGUCAUCUGGGCACCUGGCUCAGAUUAGCCCACAUACAGAAGUAAAAGUCUUUUGGUUCUCAUGCUGGACUUUCUGUUUAUGCUGGUGUGAUCUGUGCCUGUUUAAGACAAGUGGCCAGAUGAAAUCCUGUAAUUCAGGGUCCUGCUGCUUUAAACUACCGGCUAUUCAUCAAUAGCCCCUUCCUAAGACCAGUCAGUCACUGGCAUCUGACGCUUUAAGCCCCCCCAUGCCCUCCCUUUGUGGUGGGGAGCAUUAUAAUACAAAGUUCACAGAAACAUUGUUGAAUAAGCGCAUUGAGGAUUUAAGGAAAUAUUUUUAUUUUUCUGUCGAACAGCCACAUGUUUGUGGAAUUUAAAAUGUGUUUACAGUAUGUGUAAGGUUCAUGAAACAUACUUGGCACAUAAGGGUCCGUAUAAACUAAAAGGUUAAACAAUUAAUUUAUUGGUAAAACACUGUAACGUGAUAGUACGCCCAAUUUCCUAAAUGUACUGUAAGCACUUGUUUUUUUUUCUAACGUGAUGUAUGGCUUUAAUGUUGUUCUCCAUUUGAAGACUACUGCUGCAGGUGAAGACCUAACCACUCAGGUCAAUAAAAGCAUUAGGUUGCACUAUAAACAACG